AUGGAAGAGAAGCAGUUGUAUGGGGCUUUGACCGUUUACCGUGAGAGAGGCGCUUACUUACGCCGUUUAGAACAGUUUGAAAAGGCAAAAGGAUCUUAUGACGAAGCCUUUAAGAACGCCCCUGACGAUGUUCGCAUGCUUACCGGCAGAAGCCAGGUGUGCGCCGACGCAGUUCAACCGGUGCAGGCUUACGCUGAUGCAGAACUAGCUUUGAAAUUAGAGCCACAUAAUAUGAAUGCUCGAAACAUGCAAGCACGUGCUAUGUACACAAUGUCAGACUUCGAAAGAUCAGUAGUCAUGAAUUAUAGAGGAGCGCGGGUCAGGCGACAACCACCAUAUUUCACAGAAGGAAUAAACCAAGGCGUUGAAACAAUACAGGAUUGCAUAGGAGUCAAUGCAGGAAAUGUUAUGGUUGAAUUUUUGCCGCUUAUAAAAAAGUUGGAGGCGGCUCACCCUCUUGGGGAAGAAUCACAAAAGCCUUUACACGUUUCUCGUAUUCCUAAACCUGAAAAAAAACGUAAGCUGACACAAAUGCAAGCUAGAAAACAUUUAACCUUAUCACGCGUCCUAGCAAUGAAAUAUCUGGGGCCAAUGGCUUAUGACAAGUUUUUCCUUCAACAUUUGACAAGCGAUCCUCGUUUAACAUCGGCAAACUCUGGUGGAAGUAAAGAGUUAAAAUUAGUAGUUAAAGAAGCUCUUCGUUCCCUUACGGAAAGACAAGAUAUGCUACGGGCUCAGCGACCAUACUAUACUAUAAGGCUAUCAGAAAAGGCAGAAUCUAAACACCAAAAUAAGUACAAAGAUGCAGUUUUAAUAAAGGAGAGGGAUAUUGGAGCUCGUACAUCAGAAAGGCUUCUGAAACAAAUUGAAAAAAGUUUGCGUGAGAUGCGUGUUAUGGAUGUUAUUGCGCAAGCUGAACGUAUGCAAUUAUUUCUUGAUAAUAAGACACCUCGUACCCUUCCUGAUAAAGACAUUUAUAUUGAUCGCUUAUAUAGAGCUGUUGGGGAAGCUUACUUAGCUCAACAUCGUCUUUCAUACACUCUUAGUGAGCGCGGUAAUCGUCGUCGAAUUGCUUUCUUGAUGGGACUACCAGUAGGCCGUCCAAAGUCUUUCGACUCCGUCAUGGCUAACUACCCUUACAAAUUCAUAGAUAUUAAACAGGCUACAGAUAAAGUGACAGCUACUCUGGAAAUGUGCGAGAAUUCAACAAUGAAAUGUUGGUUGAUGUAUGAGCUUGCACGCUUACUUUGUACGCAAAAGAAUUACGCUUUAGCCAAAUUCUAUGCAAAACGAUGUCAGCGGGAAGCUCAAGAAAUCAGCAAUGUCACUUGGUGGCUAAAUGGGCUAUUUGUGUUAAUGAGUGGAGAUAUGCAACAAGGGAACGCGAAUGAAGUGCGCAUACAAGUGGAAGAGGCGUAUGAAUACUCAAAGAAACUGCAAGAUCCUGAAAGAGUUCAAGCUUUCCUAAGUAAGUGCGCCGAAAUGGCUUCUGAAACAGUGUCAGCUGAUGAGAGGAAAGCUGUAAUUCAACGUGAGAGACAAAUUUUAGGGGUUAUGGAUGACGUUCAAAAAGUAGAUACGAGUGUCCUGUUUAAACGCAUGUCAACAGUGCCGACAGGUCGUCGCUUCUCUGUUCUUCCUCGGAAGCCUGAAGCAGGGGAAUCGCGUGCUGAACGCCGACGUCGACGUCAAAGAGGGUUGUCCGUUAUCCCAGGCCCUGAACAAGCUCUCCCACCUGCACCCAAAUCUGGCACACUUGGUUUCCAGAUAUUUGAUAUUUGA